AUGGGGAAGGGCAAGGUGCAUCCCUCGCCGUCGCCGCCGGCGGCCGCGGGAGGCGGAGCGGGGGAGAUGAUGACAGCGGAGGCGGUGCUGAUGCGGCUGCUGCCCGCGGCGGUGCUCGCGGCCGCGGCGCCGCUCGGCGCCGAGGGGAAGGAGGUGCUGGCGUACCUGGUGCUGGCGUCGCUGCGGUCCUCGGCGCCGCCGACGCCGGCGCGCGGCGGGGACGGGAAGGCGGCGGGGGAGCACCACCGGCCGGAGCUCGGGUGCGGCUGCUUCGGGUGCUACACGGCGUACUGGUCCCGCUGGGACGGGUCCCCGGAGGGCGACCGCGACGCCAUCCACCGCGCCAUCGAGGCGUUCGAUGAGCACCUGGCGGAGGAGGAGAGGGACCGCGGCAAGGGAGGCGGGGGCCGCCGCGGCCGGAAGAAACGCGCCGGCGCAGCAGCUAAGGAAGCCGCCGAGGAAAAGGCCGGCAAGGCCAAGGGGAAGGGGAAAGAGAAGGAGAAGGAAGUCGGCGUCGAUCCCCUCCCGCCGCUGCAUCCGCCGGCCGAACUCCCUGGUGCCCCGGAGGAAGCCCCGAAGGCGGAGGACGGCGCGGAGUACCUGACGGCGGAGGACGAGAAGGAAGAAGAGGCUUCGACCGGGGCCGCCGGCGCCGAGGAGGAGAAGCGGCGGCGCGGGUGGGGCUCCGUGCUGAGUUUGAAGGCGUGGGGCCUCUGGGGGUCCCACUAG